UUCGAAUCUUUCCACACGUUCUCCAGAAAACAGUGAAAAACGUCAGCGACGACGUCCGUCGAGGUUCGAAUCCCGGACUCUGCUCCGUGGAUUAUCGGGAAUCCUGUCUCUGGUAACCCUCAAGGUCUUCAAUCUUCAAGCUUUAGAAAAUUUUGUUUCAAAUUUCUCCUACUUUCGACAUUUCAAUUUUUUGUUGGAAGGAGGCGUCUAUUUGAUAGAGAAUUAUGGGUGGCAGUGAGAUAAAUAAAUCAGCGAAGGAGGAAUCCAAGUCUGCGCCUGCCACUACACAGGAAGAGUCUCCAAACACAAGCACUGGCAUUGUUAAUCCUGAAUGGUCAGGAUUUCAGGCAUAUUCUCCAAUACCUCCACCUGGAUAUUUGCCAACAAGCCCCCAGGCACACCCAUAUAUGUGGGGGGUACAGCCCAUUAUGCCCCCUUAUGGUACCCCUCCACAUCCCUAUGUUGCAAUGUAUCCCCAUGGUGGCAUCUAUGCUCAUCCACCUAUUCCUCCGGGAUCAUAUCCUUACAGUCCUUUUGCUAUAGCUUCUCCAAAUGGAAUUGCUGAGGCUUCUGGGAAUACACCAGGCAACAUGGAAGGGGAUGGUAAGCCCUCUGAGCUGAAAGAAAAGUUGCCAAUUAAAAGAUCGAAAGGAAGUCUGGGAAGUUUAAACAUGAUCACUGGGAAGAACAACGAGCUUGGUAAACCAUCAGGAGCAUCUGCUAAUGGAGUUUAUUCUAAAAGCGCUGAAAGUGAAAGUGAAGGUUCAAGCGAAAGAAGUGAUGCUGACUCUCAAAAUGAUUCACAACUAAAAUCUGGAUCUGGGAAAGAUUCUUUAGAAGGUGGAGGGACUCCUAAUGGUUUAAUGCAUGGUUCUCAGAAUGAAGGACAUAGUCUCGCUCAUCCAUUGGUGAACCAAACAAUGUCCAUAAUACCAAUUCAAGCUUCUGGAGCUGUUUCAGGUCCUGCUACAAAUUUGAAUAUAGGAAUGGAUUAUUGGGGUACUCCUACAACUUCUGCCGUCCCUUCAUUGGGUGGGAAGGUCCCUUCCGCUCCGGUUGUGGGAGCUGCUGCUGCUGGGUCACGGGACAGCAUUCAGUCACAGAUGUGGUUACAGGAUGAAAGAGAGCUAAAAAGGCAAAAAAGGAAGCAGUCAAACAGAGAAUCUGCUCGUAGGUCUCGGUUGCGUAAACAGGCUGAAUGUGACGAGCUUUCUCAUCGUGCCGAAGCUUUGAACGAGGAAAAUGCGAGUCUUAGGUCCGAAGUGGAUAGGAUUAGGAGUGAGUACGAGCAACUUCUUUCAGAGAAUGCUUCUCUCAAGAGGAGGCUUGGAGAAAGUGAUGGAAAAGAAGAUCCAAGAGCCACCAAAGAUGACCAAAAUGUGAAUAAAGAACCUCAGCGUACAUCCCGGACCGAGUUCACCAAGGGGUAGUUAGAAUCUACCGUAGUUACUUAAUUCAGCUCCAGGCACAUAACCUGACCUUGCAUAGCUUGUCGUUUACAUUUCAUAAGAACUGACCUGCGUCGUCGUCUUGCACUGUUGAUCGUCAUUUCAUUCUUACGGAGGCUUCGUCUUUAACCUUGAAGCACCCUGUAGUAUCCUUGUACCCCAUAUUUGAUGAGUGUUAUGCAACAUGUCAGUUGAUUUUUUUUCUUGUAAAUUAUGUUUUCGUGCUAGUUGAGGUCGAAAUCGUGGCAUUUCGUUAUGCUUUCGAACAUUGAUUUGAGUUGCAGCAUAUUCAUAAUUGUAUUCAGCAUUUCCAUCA